CUGCUUUCCUGUCACGUGAGCAGACGUUUGCUAACUUUCUUUUCAUUUUAAGGCAAGGUUUGAGGAAACCAAAAACAUCCCAUAGCCACUUAACGGUUGUAUCUCUCUAGGGCGUUGCAUUUCGACCAAAAAAAUGCUUCAGUCGGUGUGUCUGAGGGGACUUCUCCUGCUGUUGGUGGGAAGACAGGUCUACACUCAGGAGCAAUGCUUAAAAGCUUCAGUAAACACAUGUGGAGACUGUAUCAAGUCCGGGCCCGGCUGUGCCUGGUGUAAAGACUUGAAUUUCACCAAGACUGGGGAGCAGGAAGCAGCACGUUGUGACACAAAAGCCUUGCUUAUAGAUAGAGGAUGUCCACCCAAUAGCAUAAUAAAUCCUUUAAACAUUUGGAAGCCUGUUUUAAACAAGUCCCUGGCUGCUGGUCCAAAUCCAGUGCAAAUCCAACCACAACAAAUUGAACUAGAUCUUAGACCAGGGUUGCCCCACACUUUUCAACUAAAAUUCAAAAGGGCAGAAGGCUAUCCUGUAGAUCUUUACUACCUAAUGGAUCUCUCCUACUCUAUGAAAGAUGAUUUGGCGAAUGUGAAAAAUCUGGGAAAUAAUUUACUUCAAGAGCUCAAUAAAAUUACGGGCAAUGCCAGAAUAGGAUUCGGUUCGUUUGUCGACAAAACCGUUCUUCCAUACACCGACACCAAUGAAGCGAAGCUCAAACAGCCAUGCCCGACUAAAGAUGAACCAUGCCAGCCAGCAUUUGGCUUUCAGCAUGUGCUUUCACUGACAAAAGAAGGGGAAACGUUUAAAAAGAUGGUAGACAAGCAAGAUAUAUCUGGAAACCUGGACCCUCCAGAGGGAAGCCUGGAUGCCAUCAUGCAAGCCGCGGUCUGCGUGAAUGAGAUUGGUUGGGGAAACAGCACUCGGCUGCUGGUGCUGGCUACUGAUGACGGCUUCCACAUGGCAGGGGAUGGAAAACUCGCAGCCAUUCUGGAACCAAACAAAGAAACCUGUCAGCUGGUCGGAAACAAGUACAGCAUGAGCAACAUCUGGGACUACCCAUCUGUAGGACAGAUAGCUCGCAAGCUGGAGGAGCAAAACAUACAACCAAUUUUUGCUGUCACUAAAAAAAUGGAAACUGUGUACACAGAGCUGAGCAAACUGAUCCCUAAAUCUGCAGUAGGAGUGCUUUCUGACGACUCCAGCAACGUUGUCAAUCUAAUUGUGGAUGCAUACAAUAACUUAACCUCUGAAGUGAUCAUGGCUCAUGAUGCCCUCCCAAACUCCGUAUCUGUGAAAUACACAUCAAACUGUCCAGGUGGAGGAAACCCCAGUGACAGGGGGAAGUGUGAUAAUGUGAACAUUGGACAGGAAGUGACUUUUUAUGUGACAGUAACAGCAGAAAGAUGCAUGCCGGGCAGUCAGAGCUUCUUUAUUGGGCCAUUAGGAUUUAAUGAAAAAGCGAAAGUGACCGUUCAGACUCGAUGCGAAUGUGACUGUGAUGAUGAGAAUAAAAAUCAUAUUCACUGUGGGAAUAACGGUAAAAUUGUCUGUGGCAGCUGCAGGUGUAAUACUGGUUUCUUAGGACAGCGCUGUGAGUGCACACUAGGAAAAAAGGACGAGGCUUCACUGAAAGCACAGUGCCGGAAAGACAACGGCACGGAAUGCGAAGGCAAAGGAGAUUGUGUUUGUGGACGGUGUCAGUGCCAUAUCACAGAGGCCGGUGGCAAUUUCUAUGGCGAACACUGUGAAUGUGACGAUGAGCACUGUGAAAAAUUUAACAAUACACUGUGUGCAGGUCAUGGCAAGUGCAAAUGUGGUAAAUGUGAGUGUGAACAAGGCUACGAGGGAACAGCGUGUCACUGUGCAAAAUCCGACGAGGCUUGCAAGAGGGACGGGAAUGUUUGUUUUAACCGUGGUAAAUGUGUAUGUAACCAGUGUGAAUGUGAGAGAGGAUACAAGGGGCCCUACUGCGAAACGUGUUCUGCUUGUCAACGUCCGUGUCAACAGUCAGGGAGUUGUGUUGAAUGUUUGGCCUUUGGGACCGGUCCGUUUGAAAAGAACUGCUCUUUGGCCUGUGGCCAUCUGAAGUCUGUGACGGUUGAAAAAUUACUCAAGAGCGACUGUCGAGUCAAAGAUCACAUGGGCUGCUGGAUGUCAUUCACAAUGAAAGAACAGCUUGGAUUUGACAAGUAUGAUAUGAAUGUCCUCAUAGACAGAGAAUGUCCUGAGGGGCCGAACAUAGGAGCCAUCGUAGGAGGAUCUCUGGCAGGUGUGGCGUUGAUUGGUCUCCUAAUCCUCCUCAUCAUCAAGGCAGUUCUGUAUGCAAGUGACCUUAGAGAAUGGAGGAGAUUUGAAAAAGACAGAAAACAUGAAAAAAUAUCUGGUGCCAACCCAUUAUUCCAGAAUGCUACGACCACUGUUCAAAACCCAACGUUUUCCGGAGAUUCUUAGAAACUUGUUGGAGCUGACACACAUGAUGUAGAGAGUGGAUGUGUAUUAAUUAAUCUAUAGGUCUGAUGCAUGAUCAUGCAAUAAAAUAAAAUAGCUUAAAAUGUC